CUCUUCUUCUCUGCAGGAUGCUCCUCUUGUUCUGUCUCACCCUCUUCUUCUCUGCGGCUUUUUCCAUGGAGACGAACCAGACCUCCAAGCUGCUGGCGGAGAGCGGAGAGCAGUGCUCGGCCUGCGACUUCCGGGAGCACAGCAAGCAGAUGAGGCUCCACAGCAUCAAGUCCCAGAUCCUCAGCAUCCUGCGGCUCGAGCAGGCGCCCAACAUCAGCCGGGACAUGAUCCGCCAGCUGCUCCCCAAAGCGCCUCCUCUGACGCAGCUCCUGGACCAGUACGACCCGCGGGUGGAGGACGAGGACCACGCCACGACAGAGACCAUCAUCACUAUGGCCACCAAGCAUAAUCCCGUCGCCCAGGACGAGUUGUCCUUGUGUUGUCUGUUCAGCCUCAGUCCAAAGAUCCAGCCCAAAAACAUCCUGAGUGCUCAGCUGUGGGUCCACCUGCGUCCGGCCGACAUGGUCACCACCGUCUUCCUGCAGAUCACCCACCUCAAACCGGGCAAAGAGGGAAACAACACCCGGGUCCGAGUCCGCUCCCUGAAGAUCGACACAGACGCCGGCGCCGGUUCCUGGCAAAGCGUCGACAUCAAGUCCCUGCUGCAGGCGUGGCUGCGUCAGCCGGAGACCAACUACGGCAUCGAGAUCAACGCCUACGACUCCAAGGGCGAAGACCUGGCCGUCACGUCUGCGGAGCCCGGAGAGGAAGGACUGCAACCGUUCAUCGAAGUGAAGAUCCUCGACAGCCCCAAGAGAUCCCGCCGUGACUCGGGCCUCAACUGCGACGAGGAGUCGGCGGAGACGCGCUGCUGCCGCUACCCGCUCACCGUCGACUUCGAGGAGUUCGGCUGGGACUGGAUCAUCGCGCCCAAACGCUACCGGGCCAACUACUGCUCAGGGGAGUGUGAGUUCAUGCACCUGCAGCAGUACCCGCACGCGCACCUGGUGAACAAGGCCAACCCACGGGGCACGGCGGGGCCCUGCUGCACGCCCACCAAGAUGUCGCCCAUCAACAUGCUCUACUUCAACCGCAAGGAGCAGAUCAUCUACGGGAAGAUCCCGUCCAUGGUGGUCGACCACUGCGGCUGCUCCUGAGGAAACCCCUGCAGGAGUCAGGGUCGGUCCUGGGAGUAGGAUAUGAUGGAAACAGUAGAUUCUGAAGGUUAUAACGGUGGUAAAAUCACAUCAACGAUGGCAGAAAUGUGUGAUUAAAUGAUAGAAAUGUGAGCAAGUGAUGGUAGUUUAGGCUUUGCUAAUGUAACAGCCCGGUCAUCAAGUAGUUUUUACACCUGUAACAGCAGAUUUCUGGUCAAAAACAAAGCUCAACAGAUGUAAUCACCACUUCAAUUUAAAUUUCAGGCUUUUUCUCUCUGGAUAGAUGGACUGGCUCCUGCUGCUUCCUGUCCUCCUGUCUUAUGAAAACGUGUCCUGAUUUGAGCCCUGGACCAGAACAAACCCUGCAGGGCGUCUUCCAUGUGCCUCUUUAUUUUAAAAAACAUGAACCGGGUGACUCUGAGCCAACACAUCGCCCCUCUCUUGUUUGCAAACUCCUCGCUGUGACCAGUUCUCAAAAGCGACAGAGAGGAAGAGACGUUGUUUUGUUUUUUUUGUUUUUUUAAAAGGACGUUGUUGCAGGUGUGUUGUGAUUUUAUUUUGCUAAUUGUAUUUUCUUUGUGACGGACAGUGUGAUAUGUUGUAAACAUGUAAAGUCAGUCAGUUCGUCGUCGGCAGAGAGAAUGGAUGGAGCCUUUAAGGCCCCUGUACUCUCGAUCCUGUCUUUGAAUGCAUCUGCAGCCUCUCAGAAGCUUUUGAAGCAGAUUUUCCUUAACAUCACUGCAGUGAUCAAAUAUGAAAGGAUAACUGGAUUUUUGAGCCUGGCCUGUAUUUUCCACUGUUUCCUGUUGAAAAUGAUUGAUAGGGACAAAAAUCCUUUCACUAAUGUUCUUGUUGUUGCCACUGAACGGCUCGGAUUGUUAUUAUAAACAUUAUGACAGGAUUCCUACAGAGACAGAGCUUUUUAUUAGCGAGUAAUAACCAGAAACAUCUCUAUAUAUCUCCACCAGACUCCAUUGAGAAAAACAGGAAUUUAACCAGGAGCUGCUGGAAUACCACUGCCUCCAUCUGUUAGUGUGUUUGUGUUACUGUGUGGUACUUUUACUCAUAUAAAGUAUCUGAUUACUUCUUCCACCACUGAAAGUCACACAGUAACACAAAUCAAAACCAGCCUUUGUCUAAAGGUUUGAAAAAAUGACCACUGUCUGAACAGUGCGGGAAGAUGAGGAGAGAAUGUGAUCUCAGAGGGAGGUUUCAUCUCGAUUUGAAGCUGAGUGCAGAUGUCCUGACUGUUGUUGUGCUUCACGGGGGUUUCUGACCCAAAAGUCUUUGUUCUGCUGUCAGAACAGAACAGAAUGUCCACGAGUGACACAGAUUUACUGCGUCUGUGGUUAUGCAGUGAACUUGAGUUAACUUUUUUUGCUGCAAAAACGUCCAUCCGAGUGAAUUAUUUCCUGUUUUUCUAGUUUCAGUGUGUUCAUCUCUAUAAAAGUGAGAGUUUAAUUAGAUUUUAAAGAGAAAUUUAAGGUGAAGAAAACUACAAAAGAAGCAUAUUUGGAUGGAUGUUUUUUUGUAUCUUGUGUUUGUUGAUAUUUAUCUUUGUUCACACUGAUGCCUUCCUCCACAGCAGCAGUCCCUGCAUGAUUUUAUGAUUUUAAGUAAUUAUAAGUUUCCACCACAUGGGUGCAGUAAAGUUCUCUGUACUUGCCUUGAGAAAAGAGGUUUAAGUUUCAUUUUCGGCCCUUUUACAGUUUAAAUCGCUGUACUAAAAGCUGCCAGGGUUGAUGGUUUAAGUCCCACUGAUGCUUUUGUGCACUCUGUAUACAUUUACAUUUGUUAUAUUUUGACUGUAAAUGUCAAAAUUGUGAGAAAAGACUGGUUAGAUAAGGAUUUAUUACUAAUUUCUGCACAUUAAUAACAAUAUUAGCCCAUAUUUUACCACACUUUAUAAAGCAAACUGUAGUUCUCUGGAUUCAUUUGUACAUUUUUCUGAUUUUUUCCAGUAGUGUUGAUUAACAGUCACGUUAUUCUCCUGUGCAUCUGAAUAAAAUACUCUUUGUAAAUGACAAAUUGUAAAUUAUAUUAUAAUAAAAGAAUAUUAUAAGCCCUUA